GUGAUGGGAGCCAGCCAGGUUCCAGCAGGGAGGAGCUCGGGGAUACUGAGUCACAAACUCAAGCGCUGCAGCAUGGCCAGGCAGAAAACACAGCCUCACCCGUCUCUUCACGGAUCUGCCAGACAAAACACUCCGUGCAGCGUGUGGGACGUGGUUAUGCUAAAAAGCUAUUCAUCUUUUAUCUGAAAUUCACAUUUAACUGGGUGUCCUGUAGUUUUACUUGCUAAAUCCAGUCACUUUAUAGUCCCACUUUGCCCAGGUUUAAAAAGCACAGCAGAAACAAAUAUCAAGUAGAGAUAAAGGAAGUUCACAUGAUAACGGGAGGGGAGAGGCGACAAGUUGACCUUCGGUAUUUGGAAGUUAUUGCACUAGGUGUUUCUUGAAUGAGAAGUAGCCCGCAGCCCUGUCAGCUCUGCACCCCGAAGGUCGCUGCUGACCUUGUCCUGGUUACUUUUCCCCAGACUUGGAGAGCUCGCAGGCGGGGCUGUGCUGACUGAGGGGCAUCGGUCACCCCUGCUCUUUGAGCCCUUGGGCCCGCCCUGGCCGUGGGGCUGGGCGGGAGCGAGGCUGGGGCUCCGAGCUCCUGGCGGGGCGGUGCUUCUGCACGAGUUGGGUUUCUGGGCUUCACGCCUCGUGUAUUCCAGCCUCUGCGGCAGGUGAGCCCCGAGCCGAUAGUCCCCCCGCUCCCUGGGACCGCCAGAGCUGCUUCCCCUGCUCACAGAGGGGGUCCUCCUGCCCCUCGCACGGCUUCCCCAGAAACCUGUCAUCUUGCCCUAAUCGAGACCUUUCUUAAAGGUGUGUAGGAAGUGUUCUUAACGUGAUGCGAAUAAAAAAAGUUACUUCCAAAUGCGCCUACCUCGGUGUUAAGCCUGACACACCGGAGAGUGACGCGAAGUGACGGGAGAGUCCCCGAGUCAGGCCAGGGACGGGCCCUGCGUGCGUUUGGGGGACGGCCUUAUGGACGGGGAUGCCGGAUUUCCAACAUGGGUGCCGAGGCGGUCCGUGCCGUCCUCAGCGCAUCGUGUGAACCCAGCUAGUAGUAAACGAUGCAUUCUCUAAUCGUCGGAGGUCUUACAUUUUUAGUUAUUUAGAUGAGAGAGCUUGUGCAUAUUUGUUUCUCUUAAUUGGUUACCUAGUGGAUUUUGCUUGUUGUAAAUUUUACAGGACAAAGUAUUAGCAUCAACAUGUAAUGCAGUUGAUCCUUAGACAAAAGGGUUUGAACUAAGCGGAUCCACUUAUCCAGGACUUUUUCCAGUAAAUAUGCAGUUAGCCCUUUGUUUCCCCAAGUUUAGCAUCCGUGGAUCUAAAACAGUAUUUCUGAUCCGAGGUUGGGAAUCCUCGGAUGUGCAGGGCCGACUGUGCACUGUUCGAGGCCGUUCUAUCUGAGGGACUUGAGUGUCCUUGGAUUUGGGUAUCUGCGGUGGGCCUGGACCAGUCCCCUGUGAAUACCAAGGGGCCGUAGUUAAGUUUUGGAGGAGUCGAAGUUAUGCAUGGAUUUGCACCUGUGCUCAGGGUCGGUCCGCCUAACCCCACGAUGCGCAUGGGUCAACCGUAUAUUAAUAUUUUUGGACCCGUUAAAUGGACCGUUGUAAUUUAAAACAAUAUCUUUUCUGCUAAAUCUAGUCUUCUCUGCACAUUGAAAAAGGAACAGUUCUGAGUUAGAGAUGCUGCUUGGUGGAAGGCCUUCUGCUGUAGGCAGGGGACACAAGGAGCCCGCGAUAAAAUAUUCAAGCAGCUAUGCAGGUAUCCUGUUCCCACAGGCCCUCUGUCCUGAGGGCUGGGCGCUCCCUCCCUUGGGGGGCAGCCCCCCUCGUUCCUCUGCUGCCUGAGCUGCACUUGUCUUCCUGGGGGCCACAGAGAGCUGUGCCGUGAGAAUGCUCUGGGGCGCGCCCUCUUGGAGAAGGAGUGUAUGAGUUUGAAAUUAGUGUUUUAAACUUUAUGUGGUAAGUAUCACAUUGGCAUAACUGCAUUUCUUCAACUUCAUCUUAUUUUCAGCAUUCCGUUUCCUUUAUUAGACUGAUUAAUAGUUGCGUAUACGUUUUUCUGAUGUGUUCACAGAAAGGAAACGCUCUUAAAUUUGGCAGCCUUCAGUUUCUCCUCCCCCUUUCCUGUUCCUUUCUCCUCAUCCUGGUCGUGUACGUUCGCCUCGCCGCGCGAUUCCUCAUCCCGAGGCCCGCGGCGCUGUUUGUGUAAACUGCCUCCAUCCCUGGGUGCUGAGAGGCUGCUCCACGGUGAACGAGACCGCCAGGCAGAGGGCACCGAGGCAUCUGACACGUGCCCCCCCCGGGGGCGGCCUUUGGUUGCUUCGGGCUAGAGGUGGUGAAACCUCAAGAGCUGACAUUAAAAAAGAAACCCAGGCAAAAACUGCGUAAUCACAGAAUGCCGCCUGCAACACUUUCUGCACCGUACCCCUCUGCUCAGCCUGUCGUAAACCGUUCAACAACCCUGCGUGCUAAUGAGCUCGGCGGCCGCCGCCCUGCUGACUACACUUAGAUUAACGUUCAGCUUUGGGGAAAGCGGCCACCAAGGAACCGAGAUAAAUUGAGAACCAGGUGAAUCGUUUUUUCAGCAGAAAUCCUUCAAGGGAGGUCGGUUUACACGCAGGCUUCUGCUCGCUGCGGCCGGUUAAGGGGAGGGGGCGGCCAGGGCUGUGGCGGAGGGCCCUGGGGGCAGCCCUGGGGACAGCCUGGGGACAGCCUGGGGCCCUGGGACAGUCUGGAGACAGCCCUGGGGACAGCCUUGGGCCCUGGGACAGCCCUGGGGACACCCUGGGGACACCCUGGGGACAGCUCUGGGUCCUGACCCCGCCUUCACUCAUGGGCCUGGGCCAGGAGCUCGAGCCCUGGGUUCCUCCUCUGUCACCGUGGUGUUUAGCUCCCGAGCCCUUGACCUUGGUAGUCACCAGCAGUCAUUUUCUUGGCCAUUUUUUCCAUUCUGUAGUUUGUCUGUCUCCGGCCCGUGAGGUUUGGCCUCCUUCACCGCUUCAGCACAGACUCGGCUGCAGGGAACACUUUUAAAACUAUGUAAUCAUGGAUUGCUGCCUAGAAAUAAACAUGGUGCUAUUUUAUGUGUAUUUAUAGCAGUAAUGGUAACAAAUCAAAUCAUAAUAUUAAUAUUUCACAUUAUAUGGUACAUUAGUUAUCUAAUGCUGUGUAACAAACCACCCCCAAAACCUAGCAGCUUACAACAAGCCUUUGUUAUCUCGUUUCCAUGGUGAGGCUUAGUUGGGUUCUCUGUCCCAGGUCUCACGUGGGGUGUCAGCCAGGGCCGCGGUGGGUGCCGAUCUGCUCCCGGGCUCACCCACAUGGUAGUUGGUGGCCUCUAAGAUCCACUGCCAAGGUCAGUGAUGGGGCUGUCGGCAGGCCUCAUGGGCUGCUGCUUGGGACAGCUCACAACCAGUAGCGGACGCCCCUCAGUGUGAGCGAGGGACGGGGAGCAUGAGACAGAAGCCACAGUCUUUUUGUGACCUAUCUGGGAAGUGACAUCUGAUCACUCUUGCCAUAUGGUUGGAAUUGGGGCACUAGGUGCAGCUCGCACACGAGGGGUGAAGACUACCCAGGGUGGGGUCGUUGCCGCUGUCUCAGAGCUGCCUGUCACCGUCCAGCCCCAAGCCCAAGUGAUUCAUGCCCCUCCCACAUGCGAAACAUGUCCCCCAAGAGCCCUUGACAGCGUUAGCGCAAAGUCCAGAAUCCCGUCAUCUGAAUCAGCUCCAAGUGUGGAUGAGGCUCCCAAUUGCAGUUCCUUGAGUACAGCUCUUGGUGUGCACGUCCCCCCAUCUCCUCGCAUGCCCGUCACCCAUCUCCUGGCAUGCAUGUCCUCUCCACCCACUAGAGAGUCCAGCUCGCAGCCCCGCCACCCGCACCAAAAAGGCACUGUCGGGACAGACAUAGGCAAUUGCCCAGAGCGAGGGGACGUGGCAGGCUUCGAGAAGUCCGGUGCACAGCAUCUUUAGUCCAGCCUGGCGAAUGCUGAGGUCCUUGGCUCGGUCUGAAGACUUGGGGAUAGCGUCUGUCACUGCGCCGUCUGUGCUGAUUCCUCUGCGUCAUCGUCUUUCCCUUUCCGUGGAAGGGCACGUGUUUCGCAGUCGCGUCUUCUCAGUCCGCUUCCUGCCAGCAGGAUUCUGGGGGUCUAGCGCCCACUUUUCAUUGUGUGUUGCCUCUGACCCUUUCUGUUCAAGCCGGCAGUGUUUCCACUGCAUAGUGCUCACUGCAUCGGACAAGAGAAGGCCUUCCCCACCGUGGCUUCCGACGGCUGCGGGACAUCGCCCGUAGCUCCGAGAGGCCCGGCGGUUCAGUGAGGCCCGUGGGCACAGCUCACCUCUGUCACCCCUCUGCUCGCACGCGGCCGCUUUCGCUGGACAUCGCUGCACUAGGACUUCGCCUUGCACAGGCCUGGAAGGGCAUUAUUUCAAGGAAAAAUAUGGCAGCGUCAAGCAUUCUCUGAACUCCGGGGCCCUGGAACAAGGGACUAUGCUCCUGGUCCUGGAGGCACGUUGAGAUGUACAGAGCGGGGGACACGGCGGAGCGCCCGCUGCAGGGGACAGCGCCCCCUCGCCUGCGGAGCGUGGAGGUGGCCAGAGGGAGGGCGGGGUACGGAUUCACCCUUUGUGGCCAGGCGCCCUGUGUGCUCAGCUGCGUGGUGAGAGGCAGCCCCGCGGACUUCGUGGGCCUCCGUGCCGGGGGCCAGGUCCUUGCGGUCAACGGCAUCAACGUGAGGGAAGCGUCCCACGAAGACGUGGUGAAGUUAAUCGGAAAAUGCUCUGGGGUCUUGCACAUGGUGGUGGGUGAAGGCCUCGGUCACCUAGAGUCAUGCUCCAGCGACGAGGAAGUGGGAUUCUGUGAGGGGAGAGGCUGGCCGAAGCCCAGAUUGGAUUCUAAAGCGUUGGGGAUCAAUAGAGCAGAGAGGGUCGUGGAAGACAUGCAGUCGGGGGGAAUCUUCAGUAUGAUCUUUGAAAAUCCUGGCCUUCGCGCCGGCGGUUCCGAGCCCUUGAAAUUGAAGCAGAGAUCGCUUUCAGAGUCGGCGGCUGCGCGGUUGGACCUGGGACAUGAAAGUCUGAAUCAUCUUCACCCCGGCCUGCUUUCCAAAGAGGAAGUUUCGAAAGUUGUCCACGACGACUCGGUUUUCAGUAUCGGACUGGAGAGUCACGAAGAUUUUGGGUUGGACGCAAGCAUUUUAAACGUCGCCAUGGUCGUCGGCUAUUUAGGUUCUAUUGAACUCCCUUCCACCAGCUGCAGCCUGGAGUCUGACAGCUUCCAGGCCAUCCGCGGCUGCCUGCGGCGCUUGCGGGCCGAGCAGAAGAUCCACUCUCUGGUGACGAUGAAGAUCAUGCACGACGGCGUGCAGCUGUGCACCGACAAGGCCGCCGUCCUGGCCGAGUACCCGGCCGAGAAGCUGGCGUUCAGCGCCGUCUGCCCGGAUGACAGGCGGUUUUUCGGGCUGGUGACCAUGCAGAGCAGCGACGACGGCAGCCUGGCGCAGGAGGACGAGGGCAUCUUGCGGACGUCCUGCCACGUGUUUAUGGUGGACCCGGACUUGUUCAGUCACAAGAUCCACCAAGGCAUCGCUCGGCGCUUCGGGUUUGAGUGCACGGCCGACCCCGACACCAACGGCUGCCUGGAGUUCCCGGCGUCCUCCCUGCCCGUCCUCCAGUUCAUCUCCGUGCUGUACAGAGACAUGGGCGAGCUGAUUGAGGGGGUGCGGGCCCGGGCCUUCGCCGACGGGGACGCGGACGCCCACCAGAACACCAGCACCAGCAGCAACAGCGACAGCGGCAUCGGGAAUUUCAACCAGGAAGAAAAGAGCAGCCGGGUGCUGGUGGUGGACCUGGGCGCCAGCUCCAGCAGGCACGGCCCCAGCAGCAGCACCUGGGACGGCGUGGGCGGGAGGGGCUCCCAGCCCUGGGGCGCCCCCUGGAAUGGGGCCUUCUGCCACGACCCCGAGGGGGCACCGCCGUUCGAGGCCACUCCGCAGGCCGACAGGUGCUGGGACCUGGGAAAGCACCUGGGGCCCGCUUCCCACAUGGAGGGCCCCCCGGCCUUGCGGAGCUCGGUCCCCCCUUCCAAGAGAGGUGCUGCGGGCCCCGGCGGUUUCGGCCAGCGGUGGCUUCCGGUCCACGUCCUGCAGGAGUGGCAGUGCGGACACGCCAGCGACCAGGACUCUUACACGGACUCCACCGACGGGUGGUCCAGCGUCAACUGCGGCACGCUGCCUCCUCCCAUGAGCAAGAUCCCUGCGGACCGCUACCGGGUGGAGGGCAGCUUGGCGCCGCCCCCGCUGAGCACGCAGAAAAGGGACUGGUCCAGGAAGGCUUUUGGGAUGCAAAACAUUUUUGGUCCCCAUCGAAAUGUUCGGAAGACUAAGGAGGACAAAAAGGGCUCAAAAUCGGGGCGAGGACUCGGACUCGCUCAGACUUCUCAGCGCACCUCUGCUCGGAGAUCAUUCGGGAGAGCCAAGAGAUUUAGUGUCACUCGCUCCCUCGAUGACCUUGAGUCUGCAACUGUAUCUGACGGUGAGCUGAAUGGCACCGACCUGAAGGACUGCGUGAGCAGCCACAGCCUGAGCAGCAACGCCAGCCUCCCCAGCGUGCAGAGCGGCCGGCGCCUGCGCGAGCGGAGGGCUGCCAGCUGGGCCGUGUCCUUCGAGCGUCUUCUGCAGGACCCUCUGGGGGUUCAGUACUUCUCUGACUUCCUGAGGAAGGAGUUCAGCGAAGAGAACAUUUUGUUCUGGCAGGCCUGCGAGUGCUUCAACCAUGUGCCCGCACACGACAAGAAGGAGCUUUCCCACAGGGCCCGCGAGAUCUUCAGCAAGUUCCUGUGCAGCAAAGCCACCACCCCGGUCAACAUCGACAGCCAGGCUCAGCUGGCAGACGACAUUCUCAGCGCCCCUCACCCCGACAUGUUCAAGGAGCAGCAGCUGCAGAUCUUCAAUCUCAUGAAGUUUGACAGCUACACGCGCUUCCUGAAGUCUCCGCUGUACCAGGAGUGCAUCCUGGCGGAGGUGGAGGGCCGCUCCCUGCCCGACGCUCAGCGGGUGCCCAGCAGCCCGGCCUCCAAGCACAGCGUCGGCUCGGACCACUCCAACGUGUCCACGCCGAAGAAGCUGAGUGGAAAAUCGAAGUCAGGAAGAUCCCUGAAUGAAGAACUGGGGGACGAGGACAGCGAGAGGAAGCGAAAAGGAGCCUUUUUCUCCUGGUCCCGGACGCGGAGCACCGGGCGGUCCCAGAAGAAGAGGGACCACGGCGACCACGCGAACGCCCCGCUGCAGGCCAACGGAGGCCUGGGCCGCAGGGAGUCGCAGGGCUCCGUGUCGUCUGCAGGGAGCCUGGACCUGUCAGAGGCCUGCAGGACCUUGGCUCCCGAGAGGGACAAGGCCACCAAGCACUGCAGCAUCCAGCUCCCCGACGGGACGUCCUGCGUGGUGCUCGUCAGGGCAGGGCUGUCCAUCAAGGAGGUCCUGGUGGGGCUCUGCGAGCGACACGGCAUCAAUGGGGCCGCGGUGGACCUCUUCCUGGCGGGCGGCGACAAGCCCCUGGUGCUGCACCAGGACAGCAGCGUCCUGGCGUCGCGAGACCUGCGCCUGGAGAAGCGGACCUUGUUUCGGCUGGAUCUGGUUCCGAUUAACCGGUCAGUGGGGCUCAAGGCCAAGCCCACCAAGCCCGUCACGGAAGUGCUACGGCCCGUGGUGGCCAAAUACGGCCUGCACCUGAGUGAGCUGGUGGCCAGGCUGAGUGGCGAGAAGGAGCCCCUGGACCUUGGCGCCCCCAUAUCGAGUCUGGACGGACAGCGUGUCAUCUUGGAGGAGAAGGAACCCUCCAGAGGAAAAGUGUCCACAGAUAAACAGAGAGGUGCGCCGGCCAGACAGAACGCAGCUGCAAGUUCCAGCUCCAGAAGCCUCUCGGCUAUGGGAGAGGAGAGGACGCUAGGCAAGUCUAAUUCUAUUAAAAUAAAAGGAGAAAAUGGAAAAAAUGCUAGGGAUCCCCGGCUUUCAAAGAGAGAAGAAUCUAUUGCAAAGAUUGGGAAAAAAAAAAAUCAGAAAAUUAAUUUGGACGAAGCAGAGGCGUUUUUUGAGCUCAUUUCCAAAGCUCAGAGCAACAGAGCCGACGACCAGCGCGGGCUGCUGAGGAAGGAGGACCUGGUGCUGCCCGAGUUCCUGCGUCUGCCCCCCGGGGCCGCGGGGCCCUGCCCGGCCGUGGCCACGGCCAAGGCCCAGGCCCUCAGCAAGGAGAAGACACCCCAGCCCCGAGAGCCGUGGGGGCCUGCCCGGCACCCCGAGAGCCCGGCCGGCAGCCCGGUCUCCUGUACCCCCACAUCCCCCACGCACCACACGCCGGAAGCGGAGGCCGGGGGCGUGCAGACCGUGGAGGGCGAGCUCGUGGCCGACCUGACGCUCACGGGGGAGGGGCACAUCAGCAGCCCCAGCAGCACCCUGCUGCCGCCGCCCCCCACCCCGAAGGACUCGGCCGGACCCCCGAGACCAGGUACCGCACGGUUUGGUUCCCCUGCUCACCUUUGAUUCCGCCCCAUGCCGUCUGCCCCGGGCUGGCCCCCCGACCCCCCGUGAAAUCAAGCAGCUGUGGUCAGUCGGCCCUGCACCCCGGUCACCGUGGGCCUUGCCUUUCCCACAGGGGGCAGCGGGUGGCAGCUGGGGUCUGAGUGCGCAGGAUGGGUUGCAGGCCGGUGGGCCGGGCCAGUGGGUGAGGUGGCGGAGCAGACUCCUCCUGGGGCCUGCCAGGGCCGCCACCGAGCAAGGCCCGGGACUUCCCGAAUGUGCGUGCACCUUAGGGUUAGGCGAGCUGGCUCUUAGUGUCGUCUGGAGCGAGCAGAGCCCAGGUGAUCCAGGAGCCACGCAGGGCGGGUUGCUGACCAUGGACAGCGAGUGUGGGGCCCGGACCAGGGCGGCCGAGGCAUUUCUGGGGGCCCUAACCUCCGACAGACACGGGCGUUCCCCAAAGGGAAGUGGGUUCAGCGUGCUCGCUAACCUCAGUGGAGCGCGUGGCUGGCGCCAGGGCCUGUUCCCGAGACACUCGUGUCGGAAGUCGAAGGCUCCUGGCCUCCCGCCCGAGGGCCUGGCAGGAGCACCCUGCCCGUCUGCCGGCACCAGCGCCCCCGUCCCGCGUGUGCACUUGGAUAGAGCCCCUGGUGGCCGCCCCUUGUCCCCUGUAUGCUCGGUGAUGGGUGGACACUUCCGGUUACGAUCUGCUGUUGGGGUGCCGUGACGCCCCUUCGCUGGGCCUUCAUCCUGGGUCCUGCCCCAGGGCCUGUAGCCUGCACCUGGAUGGGGAGCAGGGACCCCCACCCCCGCACCGUGCGCGUGGGCACACCGCUGUGGACAUGUGCCGUGCGGGGCGGCCCAGCAGCUCCCGCCGAGACCACGCACGGCCAGAGCCCGCGGUCAGAGCCGGAGGGGCCUCGGGCUGCGGCCUGGCCCGCCCCUGUGGACGCCGGUGUGGCGUGGCUGCAUCUGAGUCUGUUCUCCCGCGAGGAAUAAACUCUGGAUCUUA